AUGCAACGUUCUAAAUCUCACACCCCACCAAAUAGAGCACCAUCUGAUAAUGUUAAUCAACGUGUUGGCAUUCCCAUUAAUUCAAACAAUGCUAACACUAACACUAACAACAAUCCCACACCAUCUGUUCCGACUGUUAACAAUAAUUCAACAAUUAACGAUAAUAGAAAUUUACAACAGAAGGGUCUUGAAUGGGUGCUUGGACGAUCAGUUCGAGUCAAAACUUUAUUUGAUGAGGAAUAUGAAGGAGAGAUUUAUGCUUACGAUUUAAGAACUAAUUAUGUUGUUCAAAUUCCAAAUCGUAGAUCAUCAAUCGACAUUUCUACUAAUAAUAAUGCAAUUGUUGCAAAUGGGCAAAAUACAAAAACAUCAACAUCAUUACCUUCACCGACAUUAUCUACUGCAAAUAUAAAUAAUAAUAAUAACAUUUUUUCAACAUUUACUCCUUCGGUAUCUUAUGUUCAAAUGGAUAGAAUUCAAACAAGAGAUCUACAAGCAUAUAAAGAGACACGACUUGCAUUAGCAAGAAUUGGUGUAGGUGUAACACAGGAAGCUCAAGAUAUUUUUGAUGCUUUGAGUAAAACGUUGCCAUGUCGAUGGGCAGAUGAAAAAAUUGUUGUUUUGGACGAGGUUAUUAUUAAUCCACCUUAUGAUCUUGAAAAUUGUAAAGCAAGUUCGAGCGCUUCUGGCUCGCUGGCAAGAGUUCGGAAAGUGCUUGAAGGCGAGAAAAGAAGAUUGGCCAACAUUAGAAAACAAUAA